AUAAAGUCGACAGGCCGGGGGCUGGGAGCAUCAGGUCCCGGGGGGCCAUGGGAGGGGAUCCCAGGCGGCCCGGAAUGGAGAUGAGAGCUUCCGCCGCCAACGCAGUCUCCUCGUCGGGGGGCCGCAGGUAUAAGAGGCUGCUGAGGCGCAGGGGCAGAGGAGAGAACCUGCCGCCAUGGACUCUGGGCGCCCUACCGUGCUGCUGGCGCUGCUCCUGCUGCUGCUGGCCUUGGUGGCCAGGGGCCAGGCUGGGAAGACCCCGGGCGGCGUCGGAACCCACGCUUUCCCGGAGGAAAAGAAUGGACGCUCCCCCUCCCCCCUCGGGCCGGAGGCACAGACACCUGCGUCUCUGCUGCGGGCCCUGCUGCGGGCCCUGAGGAGACCUAGCCCGAGCCCGGCUUUUCUGUUCCAGCCGCGGAGGUCCAGCCGGGACGGCCGGAGGAGCUCGAGCAAGCAGCGGCUGAACCCCCAGGGCGCGGAAGGGCCCAGUUCUCGCUUCUGGAGCCUGGCCGCCCCCCAACGCUUCGGGAAGAAGUGAGGAGGCGAUCGGCGGAGGCCGCGUCUCUGCAUGCAAAGCCCCCGCACCCACUUGUUGCCCGAAUAAAGCA